AUGUCAAAAGCUCAAGAACUGCUCGAGCGACUUGCACAAAUUGUAAUGGUUGCGAAAUGCAAAUGCUCAAUACAGAGAUCAAAAUCAAUGACUCAUGUUGAAUGCCUUCACAUCGAUACAUGGAUUGUUGAAGAACUCGUGACGGCCGUAGAGAUAAGUCAACAGCCCGCCUUUAAUUUUGAGUCACCGGCCGAUUCAAUAAGCUACGCUGAAAGUUUGGACAGUUUGCGACCAUGCCAAAGAUAUCCGUAUUAA